AUGGAGGCGGAGGCGUUCCGCCCCCCCGGAGAAUCGGCGUCGCCUCUUGAAAUGCUCGGGGAAGGGGCGAUGGGGUCCCACCGGAUCGUACAGACGGCCGUCCCGCUGGGUACGAGGAAGAUUUCGCUGCAGAUUCUGGAUGACCUCUCCCUCUUUUUCGUCGACAUGCGGGCCACGCUCCUCCUGCGGACGGCGACGGCGGGGCCGAUCGUGGGUGAGGUGUGCCUCAAGGCGGAGACCUUCGAGGAGGCCGUCGUCUCUGGAGACCCUGGGGAGGUGGUUGUCUGCGUCCCGCAGUUUGUCAAGCCGAGAUCUGCGUUGCAGGAGGCGGGAAUCCUCGACGGCGACCUCAUCACACACAUCAACGGGCAGAGGGUCUCCGUAGACAGGCCUGAAGACCUCUUCUGGAGCCUUAAGCCCAUUAAGGGGGUGCAGCUGCUGGACCUGGCCUUCUUGCGAGCCACUGGAGAGAGCAGCGCGGAGGGUUACCCAUGGCACGAGGCCCUUGCCUUUUGGAAGAGCGGGGUCAGGCGUCACAUCCUCGACAAUGGCGAGCUGGGCCCGAGUCACCAGUGGAUGCGACAGGCGAACGACCUUCGAGCCCGCGAGUCCAUCCGCAACCACCGCCUCUGCCGGGAGUUCACCACGCAGGAUGGGCGGAGGCAUAGUCGGUGCCGGACCUAUGCCGGUUUGGGGACUAGGGAGAGGUGCUGUCACGGGAGUCGGAAGGCCUGGCCAAUCCACACCCGUCAAGUCUCCAGCGGCGGUGGCGACGCCAGCCGGGGAGGAAAUACGGACGACCGCAGCAUUGACCGAGACUCUGGGUUGGACAAGGCCGCUGCCGCCGGCGGCGCCACAGGUCGAGGCGGUGGGCUGGGAAUUACCCACGGGGACGGCGAUAGGGGACCGUGGAACGUAGAACAGCGGCGACUGUCGUGUGACUACUGCGCCAAGAAGAAGACCAAGUGCUCCGGCGGCGUCGGGAGGUGCCUCAGGUGCCGCAGGGACGACCAGGAGUGCGUGUACAGCCCGAAGAAGAGAACGGGCCCGCCAAAGAGGCGCCAUGUCGCCGCGGUUGCUGCCGGCAAGGCCCAGCAGAAGAGCGACAACCGUAGGGUCGCGACUAAGCCGUUCCGCUUCACGGAGGCCUCGCUCAACCUGCCCAGAAGCGGCGCUUCCGUCGUCGGCAGUGGCCCACGAAACGGCAGCGGCGGCGGCGCCGGGAUUGGUGACGGCGGUGGCGUCGCCCCCGAAAAAGACGGCGGCGGCAAGGAAUCGAACAGCUCCGCUGGCGAGCAGUGUGGACCUUUCCCUGGUGACGUUGGCGGCGAUUCAAGCAAAUCGGGGGUUGAGAGCGACGGCGGAGACGGAGAAGAAAGGGAAAGCCCGCGCGAGGAAAGGGGUGCAAGCGACCAAUCGGCGAUGGGGUCGUUAGAAGGAGCAGGAAAGGGGGGGGGUGGAGAAGGAGAAGCAGCGGCAUCGGCGGCGGCGGCAAGUCAGGGAGGAGAAGAUUCUGACACGAUGCCGCUCAAGCCGUCACACGACAGCCGUAGUAGUUCCGGCGGUAGCGGCUACAACAGCAACAGCAGCGACGGCGGCGGGGCCGACGGGCUCGCAAAGAUCUCCACAAGGACGAGAAACAAGACGGCGGCGAAGGCGGCGGCGGUGGCUGCGGCGGCGAGGGCGGCCGAAGAGGCAACGGCUGCCACGCCCAAGAACGACGUUCCGCCGACGCUGUCUCCGCUCCCCCCUUCCGCUGAUCUACCGCUCCCUGCCGGCAAGGGUGCUGACGACGGCGACAGCGGAACCGGUACCAACCGGAUGACCGCGGCAUCGGGGGCGGCGGGAGAAGCAAGGCCCGGCCAAGUUUCGAGUCUGGAUGACGCGCCGAUUGCAUCCACCCCCGCUGCUGGCAAAAUUUCUAAGAAGAUGUCGGCCGGGUCCUGCGUGGUGAAAUCAGAGCCAGGGGAAAAUAUUGCCUCCCGUUCCGAAGGUUCUUCCAGCCGGGGGGAUGCGACUUUCGAGAUCAGGGGUUGGGAGCAGCAGCGUCACCGCCUGGGAGCUGAGCGGCACCGCCUGGGAGCUACUCCUGUUCAUGGCGGGGGAAUCAGCGGGGGUGGUGGCGAUGGCGGCACCACUUCUAUUGCUGGUGCUGCCGCCGAUGCUUCCUGA